GCGACGAAGAAGAGGUAUACCGAGCCGUAUAAAAAUGACGAUGCAGAGGCAGAUUUUCAGAGAAUAGUAAAGGCUGGAGUAUUUGAUAGUGUUGAGUUCGGGCUCGAGGAGGAGGAGGAGGAGGAAGGGGAGGAAGCAGAAGAUGAAAAUGGAAAUGGUAGAGGCAAUGCUGCUGUUGACGAACGAAAGAAGAGAAAAUGCCGCAACAACGGUACACAAGAAAUGUCACACAACAAAAAAUUGCAAUUUGUUAAUUAUGUGGAGUACUAUCAGCUACUGCAAGGUCUUCCUUCUGAAGGUUCGGGCAGGUUAGCAUGCGUCGGUUGGAUUAUUGAUAAUCAAUUAUUUAAAAAUAUUCACCAUCUAAAACUGAAAGCGAGAAACUUCGUCUCUCCAAGGCGAUCUGCGAUGGAUAACUUCGUGCCUUCUACUGAGCAAAACCUAACAUUUGCUGUCAAUACGUCGAUGGAUAAUUAUGAAUCACUCCCGCCGGCUGGUUAUGAUUGGACUCUCCUUCCCGUGACACAGAAAUCAACAGCCAAACGUAAGCAGCACAUCAAGCGGCCGAUGAACGCGUUCAUGGUUUGGGCCCAGGCCGCUCGCCGGAAGCUGGCGGACCAGUACCCACAGCUGCACAACGCCGAGCUGAGCAAGACGCUAGGCAAGCUGUGGAGG